AUGCUCAAUCGAGCUCUGGCCCGAUCAGAAGUCGAUACGAUUAUUAAAAUGGGUUUUUUUAUUAGAGAUCUGCAUCGUCAUAUUGACGAACUACAUAAGAAACAAUUCGCUAGUAAAAAUGCUAAUGAAAAAUUCAUCGUGUAUCGUGGACAGGGAAUGUCCAAGGAAGACCUUGAAAAGAUAUCGAAAACUAAAGGUGGGUUAAUUUCGUUCAACAACUUUUUGUCUACAAGUAAGACAGAAACGGUUGCAUUGGAUUUCCUCAAGCAUGCUCUUUCCAUACCUGAUCGGAUAGGUGUUCUCUUUGUUAUCAUCGUAGAUCCAGCACAAUCCACAACGCCAUUCGCUUCUGUUGCUGAAGUAGGUUAUUUUAAAAAUGAAGAUGAAAUUCUCUUUGCCAUGCACACCGUAUUUCGUAUUAAACGUAUCGAACGAGCGGAUGAAAAUCCACGUAUAUUUCGAGUGGAAUUGGAACUGACGGAUGAUAAUGACAAAGAUCUUCAGGUGUUGACGAAAACCAUUCGUGAGGAAACUUAUCCAGAUGAAGCAGGCUGGCAACGAUUAGCUGAAGUGUUGGUAAUGAAAUUAGGCCAACCAGUGAAAGCUGAAGAAAUUUAUCGAAUUCUAAUGGAACAAGAAUCUAAAGACAAUAGGAAAGGAUAUCUAUACAAUCGGCUCGGCUUGUGUAAACUAAAGCAAGCAGAAUAUGUAGAAGCCAUUCGAUUCUAUGAAAAAUCCAUUGAAGCCUACGAAAUGUAUUCUCCGGAAGAUCAUUUGGGUACUGCGUGGUCCUACAGUAACUUGGGUUUGGUGUAUUCCAACAUGAGUGGAUAUGAAAAAGCACAUUCAUAUUACGAAAAAGCACUUGCCAUUCGACAACAAUCGCUUCCUUUCAAUCAUCCUGAUUUGGCUUCGUCCUACAACAACAUUGGUAACGUAUGUUACAACACAGGUGAAUAUUUAAAAGCACAUUCAUAUUACGAAAAAGCACUUACAAUUCGACAACGAUCACUUCCUUCCAAGCAUCCUGAUUUGGGUACAUCCCACAACAAUAUUGGUUUAGUGUAUCACGACAUGGGUGAAUAUGCAAAGGCACUUUUGUCUCACGAAAAAGCACUUGCGAUUCGACAACAAUCACUUCCCUCUAAUCAUCCUGAUGUGGCAGUAUCGUACAACAACAUUGGUUUAGUGUAUGACGACAUGGGUGAAUAUGCAAAGGCACUUUUGUCUCACGAAAAAGCACUUGCGAUUCGACAACAAUCACUUCCCUCUAAUCAUCCUGAUGUGGCAAUAUCGUUCAACAAUAUCGGUUUGGUUUAUGAGAACAUGAAAAACUAUUCAAAAGCAUAUAUGUACUACGAAACAACUGUAAAAACCGAAGAACAAUCAUUACUUUGGAAUCAUUCUAAUUUGCAAGACUAUAGAAACAACCUUGAUAGAGUGAAAAACAAAUUAUAA